GCAUGGAAGAGUGGAGGAAUGCCGCAGGAAGCGGAGCCGUCAUUUCCGCCGGAUGCAGACCCUGGCCAGGCGAAGCGGCCAAGCAGGCGCCGCAAGGUGAGCACGAGCCAGACACCUGGUGCUCCUGUGGCUCCAAAGCUGGAGGUCCGGGCAAAGCCGAAAGCGCGGAGGAACUCCAAGGUAAAGCUGGAGAAGGGCACGCCAUCUCCACACGCGUCGGAGGCACCAGCGCCCAAGGUGAGCGCUAGGCGGCGGAAGUCUGACCCAAGCCCAGACGUGAAGAAGGCAGCCAAGUCUUCAAGCCGGGAAGCGCCGCCAGUGCAGAGUGCGAAACCAGCGACCCCAGCUGCACGAGCAUCAAAGCUGCCAGCUGGACCAGAGGCACAAGACCAACUGGGACCAGCGGCUGCAGCGCAGCCACAAGUGCCCACGCAGCCAACACCAUCGCUCGCGCCUGUGCUGGCGCGCCCGCAGCCAACGCAGGCGCGGCCAUUGAAGCCAUCGCCGAUGCAGCCGGCCGUGGCCCAGCCAGCACCAGCACAGCCAUCAGCAGCGCAGCCAGCGCCAGCGCAGCCAGCGUUGGCGCAACCACCGCCAGCGCAUCCAGCACCAGCACAGCCGUCAACAGCGCAGCCAGCGCCAGCGCAGCCAGCGUUGGCACAACCAUCGCCAGCACAUCCAAAACCGGUACAGGCAUUACCAGUGCAGCCAGUCCAUCUAGCGCAGACAGUGGAGCCAGUGCCAGCACCGCUAGAGCAUCCCUCGCAAACCCAACCGACCGAAUCAGCCCACAUUUCAACUGCUGCGUUGGCUUUGGCAAUGCAUGCCACGGAUUCGAACUCUCCUGCCCUGACUUUACCAGCCCUGACUUUACCGACUUCGCUCUCCCCUUCGCUUGCUUCGCCGGGCGUCGACGCUCUCGCGCAAGAAUCGCAGCUCAAGAGGCUGACAACUGCCUCAACCCCGUCUGAACCGGAGCCAGUGGACGCUUGGCAGCCGGCUGCAAAAGCCAUGCCGACUUCACCGGAGGUGCAGUCAGCCCGCCUCUCCAGGAAGACCCCAGAGGCACCGCGGCGCCAGCUGGUCGAGAGCCCAGUCAAGGAUCGCCCAGCCACCUCGGAGAGCCGCUUGAUGCGAGGCACACCUCCGCAGAAGAGAGUGAACUGGGCCUCCUUGACACGCGUGGACACGAAGCCGGAGGUAGAAGCUGGGCCGAUGGCGCCAAUUGUGUCGAAGGUCUCCACGGAUGGCCGGAGGCCGAGCUUGCCAAGGCGAUGGAGUGACCGAGCGCCAAGCAUUCCUCAGCUGGAAGAGGAAGCUGCAGCUGAAGAGCCGGCAGAGUUGCUGGAGGAUCAGGUCCACGAGAGGGUCGUUGAGGAGGAGCUAUCGCAGAUCGAUGCUGAAAGAACUGAAGUCAGCCGGUCCCAGCUGCAGCUUCCAGCAGG